CAAGCAGUGACUGUACUAAUCGAACAGCUCUGACGAAAGCUUACGAGGAAAGGAAAGGCGUUGGGCUUUAGGCACACGAACGCAUCCGAGUCAAGACUCGGUGGCCUCUCUCCUCUCCGACUCAGUUCCGUGUUCUCCGACGGAGAUCGAAGCGCUGUUUCUGAAUUACAAUCGCUUCUGCUGCUUCGAUCUGAUCCCACUAUUUUGUUAGGUGCUUGAAAUAUUUCAGGGGGGCUGCAACACAUUUACUUUUAUACUCUGGGGAAGCUCUCAUAAACUUCUACAGCCAUGAGUUUUGUUUUUCGGGGAACAAGAGCAGAUAUAGAAAGUGGAUUUCCAGGGUUUAUACCUGAGCGGCGUGCAAUGCGUGUUCAUGCAGCACGUCCUGUUAAUUCCAAUUCGCUCGCUUUUCUUGUCACAGUUCUCUUGCUAUUCAUGAUACUAAACUCACACCAGAUGUCGCCUAAUUUUCUGCUCUGGCUAGUGCUUGGUGUCUUCUUGAUGGCUACAACACUAAGGAUGUAUGCAACUUGUCAGCAACUUCAAGCUCAGGCCCAAGCUCAUGCUGCGGCAGCCAGUGGCCUUCUUGGUCAUACUGAAUUGCGGUUGCACAUGCCCCCAUCCAUAGCACUUGCAACAAGAGGACGUUUACAGGGCCUCAGACUUCAGCUUGCACUCCUUGAUAGGGAAUUUGAUGAUCUAGAUUAUGAAACUUUGAGAGCACUAGAUGCUGAUAAUGUUCCCUCAGUUCCUUCUAUGAGUGAGGAAGAGAUAAAUGCCCUUCCUGUGCACAAAUACAAGAUUGUGGGCACUCAAAAUGGUGGCCAAUUGAUGCAACAGGCCUCAUCGUCGGCAUCUUCUGAGCAGAAGCAAGAUAAUGCCAAUGCCGUUGGGAGCACAAAGGGCCCAGAAGAUGAAUUGACAUGCAGUGUUUGCUUGGAGCAAGUUAAUGCUGGAGAACUCAUCCGUAGCUUGCCAUGCUUACAUCAGUUCCAUGCUAACUGCAUCGAUCCCUGGCUGCGACAACAGGGAACAUGCCCUGUUUGUAAAUAUAGAGCAGGAUCUGGAUGGCAGGAAAAUGGACAAGGUGGUUUGGAUGCUUCUUACAUGGUUUGAUUAUUAGCACGGUCCUAGAUAUGGAUGCAUGAUGCUAUUGGAUACAUUCUUACCUAUAGGAAUUUACAUAUGGAUCAAAUGGAUCGGAUCAAAGUGGAAGAUCCAUGUUGUAACUUAUGGCCCUCAUUGAUGUAAUUAUCUGACAUAGGCACUAUAGAAUACUAUGUCAUCACUCACACAACAUGUUGUAAUUGUAUUCCUGGAAGAUCCCAUUGGAUUA